AAGCUGCGGUUGGACACCGGUCUGAGCGCCGCCAUGCACGCGGUUUCCACAGCAACCGUGGGCAGCAUGGGGCCGCGACCCGGAAGAAGACGGCCAUCCCGGGGGCGGGAACAAGAUGCGAAGAUGACUUCCGGGUCGCGGCGGCGCGGGCGCUCACGUGGGGAGGCUUGUCCUGAGGGUGGACCAGGAAUGGUCACCAAGACUCAGAAAGUAGACCUGGGCCCACUGCUCCCAGAGAGGAAGAAAAAGAAGAAGAAAAAGAAGGUGGUGGUUGCAGAGGUGGCAGAACCAGAGACUCAAUACUCAGUCCUAAACAAUAAUGAUUAUUUUGUCGAUGUUUCUUCUCCAAGGGCCACAUCCCCCUCUAACAAUGUGGAUGAAGGGCAGGUCCCUGAGAUGUCAUCAAGCAAGAGAAAGAAGAAAAAAAAGUCCCCUAGUGCUCACUUGAAGGAGCACCUACAGUCUGAGACCAUACGGGCAGGACAGAAAAAGUCCCUUAGCCCUAGAAGGCAGGUCCUUGAGCAGUCAGCAGAGUGCCUCAUCGGAGAGAAGAAAAAGAAGAGGAGGAAGUCCUUACCACAGGCCACCUCCCAAGGCUCAUGUCUGAAGACCUCACCAGACCCCAGGCAUGCUGAGGAGGUAAGCAAAGCUGGUAAGAAGUCCAAAAAACACAGGAAGGAAAAAAAGGUUCUGGACAUGGAAACCUUUCUUCCCCAAGACUCUUGGCUCUAUGAGGCUGGGGAUGCUCUGCACCCAUGCUCAUGGAGGAUGGAGGCUGAGGAGCAGUCAGCCUUGGGGCAGAAAAGGAAGCAGGGGAGCCCCAGAGAGCACAGCAUGAAGAAGAAGAAAAAGAAGACCCACCAAGAGGGAGACAUCCCCCCAGUCUACUCCAGGUUCUCCAUGGAGAACAGCCUGAAGAAAAGAAGCAAGAAGUCAUUCAAAAGUGAGGCUUUGGAGUACAUCCCGAUAGACAGCCGGAAGGCCCCUGGGAAAAAGAAAGCGAAAUCCAAGAAAAAGGUGGAAAAGCUAGAUGGUGAAGGGCUGGCUGUGAAAAGGAAGAAAAAGAAGAGGAAAGAGAAUGGAGUAAAGGAAGACCCCUGGCGGGAGGAAGAAGAACAGUCAGACACAGACCUGGAGGUGGUACUGGAAAAGAAAGGCAACAUGGAUGAGGCUUGCAUAGAUCAGGUGAGGCGGAAGGCCUUGCAAGAAGAGAUUGACCGUGAGUCGGGCAAGACAGAGGCUUCAGAACACCGGAAGUGGAAGGGAACCCAGUUUGGCCAGUGGGACACUGCUGGCUUUGAAAACGAAGAACAGAAGCUAAAAUUCCUGAAGCUUAUGGGUGGCUUUAAACAUCUGUCCCCAUCAUUCAGCCGCUCUCCCAGCAUGACUAACAGGUCCAACAUGGCCCUAGACAAGAAGUCUUCAGACAUGCUCCGGCAGAAUCUGCAGCAGGACUAUGACCGGGCCAUGAGCUGGAAGUGCAAUCGUGGGGCUGGCCUGGGCUUCUCCUCUGAGGCCCGCAAGGUCUUCUACAUUGACCGGAACGCCUCCAAGUCUAUCAAGUUGCAAGAUUAAACUUUAUUGUCCUGUUCCUCAAACUGCAUUUCUUAAUCAAUUUUGCAUCUGCCAAAUUGGCUUGGAUCAGGCACCUGCAGAUACUGAGGAGCAUUCUCAAUGAGUUUUAAACAAGCAGGAGCCAGUACCAGUGGCUAAAACCUCUUAUUUUCUGUAUUAAAUUUUCCACCCCUUUGGGUGGAAGUAUUUUAAGUAAUAGUAGCUAGCAGUUGUUGACUCAUACGGGGCCCUAACUAAAGUGUUUUCCUUGUAUUGAUGUAUUUAAACCUAAUUAUGGAAUGGGUGCUACUCUCAUCUCCAUCUUAUGGAUGCCGCAUCUUAAGUUCAGGGAUAAAGUAAUACAAUCACCAAGGGUCACCUUCCGUUAAGUGCCAUCAAGAGUACAUCGCCCUGCAUCACUCAAUCAGUGAUCAGUGAAUGGAGAAAUCAAGUGUUAUGCCAUGUCUUCCAUGGGGACCAACAAGUUUGUUUCCUCCUCCUCAGGAGGCAGGUGAGGUGUACCAGACAGAUGUGGCCAAGCUUCUCCUCUGUGGGAGAUACCUCUGAGCCAGCUGCUUUCCAGCUGUCAUCCUGCCAUCUGAGCACUGUGAUCAAAUUUGAUGUUUCUGUGCAUUGAUCCGAUGUCAAGCAAGGCAUUUUGGACAGCAGGUAAUCCUGCAUAUGGACCCAUGUUGAGAUUCUCAGCAGUGUGGACAGCUUGUGUGAAGUCAAAUGUAAUGAGGAAUGGAGAAUUCAGUGCUUCAUCUGCUGUGGGUACCAUCCCCACCCUAAACUACACAGCAAGUUCCAGAUUCAGAGAUCCGCAUGACAUGACUUUCUCUUCUACCAACCUUUGGCAGUCUGGCAUCGAGGUUCACAUAAGGACAUUUUCCUAUCUCUUGGCCUGGUCUCACCCAGACAUCCCAUUGCAAGCCUGGUCUCCCACAGGCAGAAAUACUAGUCAGGAGGUUGGAGAUUAGAGGGAUUGAUGCUGCACUCAUCCAGGACAUUCAUUCUUCCAGCUCCAUUCUCAGCGUUUGUGUAACUGAGCUGGUGGGAAGAUGGCAGAAGCAAUUCCAGACUGCAAAUGUCCCAGUUUUCUGGAGUUGGGAGAAAACCCUUUUUAUGGCCAAAGAAACUUAUAGCAGCUCUUAGAGAAUGUAUUAUGGCUUCAUUCAGUUCUGUGUGGUUAGUCCUGUGUCAGACCCUUUGGUAAGAGAGAUGUUCCUCAGACCAGCCAGGGAAAGGGUAAGGUAUUCCAUACUGCCAUAUAGCCAGCAGUGGUGAGACUGCUCAAAGCAAUUGCCUCUACCCCACCCUGUUCUGAGCUGUAGGCAUAGGCCAUGUCACAUUCUACAGGUAUGUCUGCUAGCAAAGACCUUUAUAAGCCUCUUCCCUCAGAUGAACUUGGUCUUUCAUAGAUUCAGCCCCAAGAUACAAAAAAGAAGAGCUACCUUCAUUCUAGAGGACAGAAUUCUGAAUCUGAGGCAACCUCUAGACCAGUGUUUCUCAACCUGUGGGUUAUGACAUCUACAUGUGAGAGGAUAGAUUGUUGCCAUCUCAUGCCACAUACACCUUGGUAACUGUCAUCCAAGUAUGAGGGCCAGGUCUUUUUCUUAACCUGUGACACAUCUCAGUGCUGAAGGACUUGAAUUUGUAGCUUGCUGUCUCAGCACUGGCUUAGGUGCCCAUUUGCUCACCCUCUUCUAUAAGUAAAAAUUGGAGUCUAAGAGCAAAGAGCCUGUAGGGCCUUCUCAGAAGGAGUCCAGCCUUGUCUUUGCUGCUCAUAGGUAUGGGCACUGAAUGGCUGUGCUUUUGUUAACUAGGCUUCUGUCCUACCGGUGGUAGCUUGAGCCACCCUUCCCCCUCCAUGUCUUGUACCUUCCCAGAACUUCAGUCUCUGCUUGAUGUCUCCAUGUGGAUGUGGGUGGUCAGUGACCCAACACAGACCUUGAACUUGGCCGUUUCUCUCUCAGGCAUUUCUCACCACUUGCUGGUGCUCUAUAGCAAUAUCCUUGUCCAUAGUCAGCUGCCAACUGUCACCCACAUCUCAUGGUACCUACCACUUUGUUCUUGGGCUGAUUUCUGCACAGUCUACUUGAGUCUACGAGGCCCUGCCCUGUAGUUAUCUUUCCACACCCUGACUGACCUGUCAAAAGGAUCCCAACUAGCCACUGUUCCCUGAAGGAGUAUAUGGCUCAGCUCUGCAAGCUUCGUGCUACUCAGAUUGUGGCAGAACCCCUCCCCAUCCCCAACCCCAUUCCCUUGGCAGAAGGGAAUUACGGUUGCUAGUCAGAUGAAUUUGAAAUAAGAUCCUAGAUUAUGUGAGUAGGCUCCUCACAAAAUCCCUUAACUGGAAGGUGGCAGAAGAGUUAGUGUGGAAGAGACUUGGAAGCCAUGGACAGCCACUUAAGGAAAAGGCCACAAGCCAAGACCUCAGGCAGCCUUUAGAAGCUGGGCAACACUUCCACCAGAGUACCCACAAAGGAGCUUAGACUUGGUGACACCGUAACCUAGCCCAGAGGGACCAGUGAGUUGUGACCAAUAAUUGCCGGAUGGUAAAAACCACAAGAAGCCAUUAUGCAUGUAAUUUGUUAAAGUAGCAAGAACUAGGAACUAAGGACAUGAAGUGUCCCUGUCAUUCAUUUCCUAAAAGUCUCAUCAUGUGUCCUUUCUAUUGGGAGUAGAUGCCAUCCCGUGGAGAUGGGUUUUCAGAGACCAGCCUGCCAGUAACAGGCCAGGGAAGCUGAUCCGGUCCACACGUCUGCUCAGGUUGGCCAACAGGAUUCAGAGGACCUGUGCUAUGUGUACCAAAUGCAAGGCUAAGCUGAGGUUAAUACAGGAGCACUGGGAAUUCUCUGGGCCAAUGUUGGGAGCUGAUGCUGUCCAAAAUGGGCAGCCUUAAGGAUGAUAAACAAUAGUACUUUCUGGGUGCUGUUUUUCACAGCAGAAGAGGCAUUUAGUAUCUGAAUUUUGUUUUUGAGACUGGCCUCAAACAUGUAACUGAGGACCAUGAAUUCUUGAUCCUCCUGUCUCUACCUCCUGAGUACUGGGAAUACAGCUCUGUACCACCACACUCGGUUUAUGUGGGCCUUGUGGAUGCCAGGCAAGCAUCCCACCACCUGAGUCAUGUCCUCAGUCUCAUCUGCUAUUUGUUUAAUGGUUUUUUAAAGACAAUUUUCUUAAUUCCUUGGGGUGGUGGGAACUGUCAUCAGAUUGGCCUCAAAUAUACCCUAACCCUGGUUUCAUAUGAGUAAGCACAAGAGUUUAUAUAUAAAUGAUCUUUAAUUUCUGCUUUCUGAUGUUAGUCUUGUGUAAUGUUUCAGAGUAGUCAUUAAUAAAAUCCAUGCCUAAAGCACAAA